AUGGCUUCCCUCAACCCCGGGGCCAGCAGCUCCAGCAGCUCCAGCCCCAUGGUCAUCCUGGCGCCCAAAACCAAGACUAAAAAAAAGCAUUUCGUGCAGCAGAAGGUGAAGGUGUUUCGGGCCAGCGAGCCGGUUAUCAGCGUGUUCAUGUGGGGCGUCAAUCACUCGAUAAACGACUUGAGCCAGGUGCCAGUUCCUGUGAUGCUGCUUCCAGACGACUUCAAGGCAAACACCAAGAUCAAAGUCAACAAUCAUCUUUUCAACAAAGAGAAUCUCCCAGGGCAUUUUAAGUUUAAGGAGUACUGUCCGCAAGUGUUCAGGAACCUGCGGGAGCGCUUCGGGAUUGAGGACCUGGAUUAUCAGGUGUCUCUGACCCGCAGUCCCCCCCUCAGUGUGGAGGCUCAAGGUGAAGGCCUGCUUCUCAACUCCUAUGACAAAACUCUGGUGAUAAAACAGAUCUCCAGUGAAGAUGUGGCCGACAUGCACAACAUUCUGUCAGAGUACCACCAGCACAUCGUGAAGUGCCACGGGAGCACACUGCUGCCUCAGUUCUUGGGUAUGUACCGAGUGAGUGUGGACAGUGAGGAGACGUAUCUGAUCGUCAUGAGGAACAUGUUCAGCCACCGACUCAUGGUGCACCGCAAAUACGACCUUAAGGGAUCUCUUGUAUCUCGAGAAGCAAGUGACAAAGAAAGGGUAAAGGAGCUGCCCACAUUUAAAGACAUGGACUUCAGGAACAACAUGCAGAAGGUGUAUGUGUCUGACGAGGAGAGGGAGAAGUUCAUGGAGAAACUCAACAGAGACGUGGAGUUCUUGGUGAAGUUAAAGAUCAUGGACUACAGUCUGCUCCUGGGCAUCCAUGACGUGGGACGGGCAGAGCGGGAUGAGGAAGAGGGAGAGGAGGCGCAGCCAGAGGAGGAGCAGGAGCACGAGAACGGCCUAGCGCACUCUGCUGCUGCGGGCUCCUACGGAAACUCCCCCGAAGGCAUUGCUGGAUACAUGAGCUCAUAUAAACCCCUGGGGCCUGGAGAGUAUGAUCCAUACGUGGACGUUUACGCGGUCAAGAGCUGUGCAGGAGCUCCUCAGAGGGAGGUGUACUUCAUGGGUCUGAUCGACGUCCUCACUCAGUAUGAUACCAAGAAGAAGGCGGCGCACGCAGCCAAAACAGUCAAACAUGGGGCCGGAGCAGAGAUUUCCACCGUGCACCCGGAACAGUACGCCAAGCGCUUCCGAGACUUCAUUUCAAACAUUUUUGCCUGA